UGUUGUGGGCAAAAUAUUCUGUUUUUUUCUCUCUUUAUUUCGGAAGAGCUUUACAUGUUCUCAUAAGCCAGAGGUGGGAAAGCGUGGCGUGGUUGAGAAAGAGAGGCGUCUGAAUGGCAGAAAAUACGAAUAAUAUGGAGUUACCUGGUGCUUCUGAAGACACUGCAAAACAGGAUGAGGCCGAGGCUGUCAAGACAGAGGAGAAGAUGGAGCGCCUGAUGCUGGAUGAAUUGGAGAAGUUUGCCCUGGAAGGGGAGGCGAAGGAGAAUGGAGAGGGGUUAACCCUGCAGGAUGCAGAGAAGGGAAAGAUCCAGGAAGAAAAGGACCGCCCUGCAAUUCAGGAUGAGGAAGCCCCAGAACGCAGAGAAGAGACGAAGCGGGAGGGACCGCCAAAGGAAGAAUGGGACACUCUGACUCUGCAGGAUGAUGGCCUGCCACUCCGGGAGGAGAAAGAGGAGAAAGAGAAAGAGGGAAGGGGCCUUCUUGCCUGGCAGGCCAAAGAGGAGACCCCGGCAGACGAGGAGAAGACCGAGGCAGAAGAGGAGCCCCGACUCUCAAUGGAUGACAUCCUGAACAUCAUGAAAGAGGAGGAAGAGGAAGAGGAAGAUCAGGAGGAAGAGGAGGCAGCUCCCCAGCAGGACUUGAGGGUACCUCAGACCACUGGUGUAACCAUGUGGUCUCAAUACAGGGAGAGAAUCAAAUUCGCUGUACAGAAACGGAAGCUGUCCUUCCCUCAUCUGGGCUACUUCACCAAGGUCUUCAGCCAAGACUCUUCUGCUUCGGAGAUGAGGAAAAAGUCGAAGGAGGAACCGGUGGUCGAGCAGCCACGGAAAUGGGAUCGUGAACCGAUGUUAUCCAGAUUGUUCACCAUGAUACCAAGUGAUAGUCACCCCAAGAAAUUUGCACUACGUUGGCCAACAGGGAUAACGCAGAGAGAGUGUAACCUUUCAAGGUUAUCUAAGGUCACAGGGAGCUCUCUCGAAGAAGACCACGACAUGAAAGCUUCAGAAUCGCAAGCUGCCGAAAUUGAGAUGGACGACUUAUGUUCCAGGAGCCCUGAGAUCUUACUGUCUAAAUUUGAGGAGCCAGAGGCAGAAACGUUUGCUGAGACAAAAAUGGAGGAGGCGGAAGCCGCUUCCUCGCAUCCAAAGAAAUUACAGGCUGGCUCUUUCUACUCUUAUCAGGAUGGUGGCACGAUUGAGCCAGGUGUUACCAGCUCUGUCUGGAGCAUGGGGCAGCGAAUCAGCCACUGGCGGAUGGCUCACAACCGGGUGAGCCAGGCAGAGCAAAAUCUCCAGGAAAAAGUAUAUAAGCAGAGGCUUCUAAAACACGAGCGGGAGACCAAAACAACAGUACCACUGCCUCUCCAGGAAAAGAUUGAGGAAGAGGUGCUGGCCAUUUUGAUGGACACCUAUAAGGAUUACCAGAAAAAACUGGGAAUGCAUCAUCCCCUCACCACACAAAUGGAGGAGCAGGUGGACAAGAUUUAUCUUCAGCUCCAUGCAAGAGGGGUGGUUUAAAGGAAGGUGUUGCGCCUCAGAGACUGUCCAACCUAGUGCGGAAACUG